AUGGCGGAUUUUUCCAGUGUAGAACUAAAAGCUUAUGUUAAAGAUGGAGGUGCAGUGAUAAGUUUGAAUCUAAGUAGAAAAGGACUCUCCAGGGUACCUGAUGCAGUCACUGAACUGACUGAAGUGGAGGAACUCAAACUGAACAACAAUAACCUGACUGAAUUACCAACAAGUAUUAACAAGCUGAAAAAUCUUGUCAGACUCUACUUGCAUAGAAACAGACUCACAAAACUUCCUUCUGAGAUUGAUGACUUAAAGGAGCUGAGGACGCUGGAUGUGAGUUACAACCUGUUGGUUAGUUUACCUACCAGUAUAUAGAAGCUGAACCAGCUUGAAGAGCUGGGCUUGUCUGAUAACAAACUUACAGAACUGCCAUCUGAGAUUGGUGACUUAACGGAGCUGAGGAGGCUGUAUGUGAGUUUUAACCAUUUGGUUAGUUUACCUACCAGUAUACAGAAGCUGAACCAGCUUGAGGGGCUGCACUUGUCUGCUAACAAACUUACAGAACUGCCAUCUAAGAUUGGUGACUUAAAGGAGCUGAGGAGGCUAUAUGUAAGUAACAAUCAGUUGGUUAGUUUACCUACCAGUAUACAGAAGCUGAACCAGCUUGAGGAGCUGGACUUGUCUGAUAACAAACUUACAGAACUGCCAUCUGAGAUUGGUGACUUAACGGAGCUGAGGAGGCUGUAUGUGACUAACAACCAGUUGGUUGGUUUACCUGCCAGU